AUGGAUGUUCGAAUAACAGAGGUUCUUUCCCGUACAGCCUUUGAACUUGAAGAAAAGGGGAGUGAAGUGGAUACCACGACUUUUUCUGAGUUUAAUGGAAAAGUUACAUCAGACGACGUUCAAGAAGAAAGUGCAGCACAAAAGAGUUCAAGAGAGGAAGACUUGCCCCACCAACGAAGUAAUGAGAAGCGUGGGUGGUAUCUUCAAUUUGUAGUAUCUAUAGUAGCACUCAUCUGUUUUGUGUCGAAUUUCAUAUGUCUUCUAGUUGUUCAUCAAGACGUUGGGAAUAUGAGUUGGGUUGUUGUGAUGGGUAUAAUAGAGGGUGUAGUAUUCUUGCUCUACAAUAUAAUUAAGUUACUGUUACGACUUAAAACCGUGCAGCAGUUUUUCAGUACAAACAAGAUUGUUAAUAGUCUUCUCUGUAAAGUGUAUGGGAACUUUGAUAAGAGUCUCUUUAUAUAUCGACUUCCCAAUAUUGAGAAGAUAGUCGAGACGUAUACGAUCCCGUAUAUCAUAGACAGUAACAAGGAGAAUCAAGCUCUUUUUAAUGUGUGGUCACGGUCUUAUAUCACAUUCUGCACAACUUAUAAAGGGCAAAUAAAGGUCUUUGGGAUUCUAUUUACAGCAGUUGGCCUACUCUAUGGCCUUGUGCUGAUGUUCUUUUUCCUUCAAGCUGUUGUGGAGUUCAGGAAGAUAUAUACACAAGUCAUAGUGUUUACUUUUGUCACUGUCAUCAAUGUUUCUCUGUUAGGUUUCUUUGUAUGGAAAAUGCUUUUAUUUCUUUUUUUCAUCUUGUAUGAAGCAUCUUAUGUUCUAGUCUAUAAAGGGUUUAAGACCGAGGUCAUAGUCAUCACCUGUUUUCUAUUUCUUGUCUCCCUUUGUUUUGGGAGUAAUAUGGGCUUUGAAAGACCAGUCACUACUCUCUUUGGGUUCUGUCUCUUAUGUCUUACUAUUCUUAUUAGUUUACUUAUUGUUUUAUUUUUAGAACUUGGACUGAGUAUCUAUUCUUCUAUCAAGUCUCAAAAGGAUUUUAAGAAAAGUAUUCAAAAAGAGUUUAAAGAGUGGGGGUGGUGUUAUAUCUUCAUUGUUGUGUUGACUCUUCUUAUAGUGAUUUGUUUGUUACUUAGUGGCUUUUUUAUAGGGAAAAGAGUCACAAACACAAGUAUUAGAGUGUCUACUUUUGAUACUGUCGACGUGACGUGGCCAACCACUGUUAUAAGUUACUGUGAAAAGGAAAAUGAAAUAUCACAACUGACUUUUGGGAAUGGGAAAGCCGACUAUUUGAGACAAGAGUAUGCUAAACCUUCUAUUAAGACGCCAACUAUCGACUUAAGUGAUAUACUUGAACUUGGUGCUACCACUCGAGAUUACUUCCAUAUGACAUCCAAAGCCAUUCCUAUCAAUGGGAUAGUAUAUUAUCCUAUUGAUAUCAAAAGCUUCAAUGAGUCUUGUCAAGUUGUAGUCAUUCUUUCUUCCAAAAUGGACAAUUUAGUUGAGAGUGAACGAGGCUAUUUAUAUGUCCAAGAAUCUUUGACUGAAAAUGGCAUCAUUACCAUUGCACUUGAGUCGGACUUUUUAGACCCAGAUGGGAAUGGCGAUUGGAUUGUUCCAAAACACCAACGUACAACAAGAGAAGCUUAUUAUCUAGCAAGGACUCAAUUAGUCAUCGAGUCGUUGAACUACUUAAGUCCCCGACUGAACGAAUUUUUUGGACAUAAACUCGACUUCUCAAAUAUCGGAGUGUUAGGGGAUAGAGAAGGUGGAGGAGUUGCCUUACGUGUUGUUCAAGCGUUGAAUUCUGUUGAUUAUAAUACCAUUAAUGACACAAUUAAAAACAUGUUUAGUAUACGCAGCGUUGCUGUAUUUAAUUGCCACGACAUUCCAGAGCAAAACCCUAUUCAAAACAAGUAUUCCUAUUUCAUCGAAACCCUCCCAGAAAUGUCCGCCUAUGAUGACCCUCUUCUUACCUCAUAUUAUUACUUUGAAAAGACUAUUAGAAAUGAUACUAAAGAGUACCAAUAUAGUGGUAGUCUAGUUAUAGAAAAGGCCAAUGGCAAUAACUUCAACUCGUUAUAUAAAGAGAGCGAUGAGGAUGCAUUACUCCACAAAAUAGAGAUGAACAGACCCGACCUCCUCAAACCCUCUGAAUUACAGUGCGUCGCAAGUAACUUUGUCACGACCCAUUUUCUGUGCAGUUUAAAGGGAAAAUGCGACAAUUUGGCCUUGCUUGUGGAUUUCAAAAAUGGGAAGAACGUUCUACCACAAAACACGGGGUACUAUAGCACCUUCGAGUCAAAUAAAGAGAUUCUGCUCUAUUCAAAUGGGUCCUUAUUCGACGCAGAAAUAUUCACAAAUGCUACAUUCGAUGGAAAGCUUUACCAAAAUGUGUUUCAGUCACUCAACUUGUUGUACGUCUGUUCCAAUAACGAACUUUGUAAAGUCACUUUUACUCUGAAAAAUGCCGUCAACUGCAGUGGCAUCAAAUUUUCAUUUUACAAAGAAACAAUUGAAAACGCUCAACUGUCUUAUGACCAAUAUCUCGAUGUCACUUUACUUAACUCUACAAAAUUAACUUUGAAUCAUUUCAGUUAUGUCAAAGUGCCUGUUAAAGACACUGAUGGUAUUUCCGAGAUGCAUCUAGUCCAAACGUAUUCUUUCAACUUGCAACAAAAAAAUUUGCUUGUCUCAUCCUUUACUCUGUGGUUCAAAGGCGAAGUACUCAUGGACGAUAUAGCUUUGUAUUAUUAA